AUGGCUGACGUCCAGGAGCGCCUCAAGAAGCUUGGCCAGGCUGGCCGUAUCGGUACUCCCCGAAGAAAGGUCAAGCGUGCGCCCGCUCGAUCCGGCGCCGACGACAAGAAGCUCCAGCAGACCUUGAAGAAGCUGAACACUCAGCCCAUCCAGGCAAUUGAGGAGGUCAACAUGUUCAAGUCGGAUGGCAAUGUCAUUCACUUCUCUGCUCCCAAGGUCCACGCCGCUGUCCCCUCCAACACCUUCGCUAUCUACGGUAAUGGAGAGGACAAGGAGCUCACUGAGCUUGUCCCCGGCAUCCUGAACCAGCUGGGCCCAGACUCUCUCGCUUCCCUCCGCAAGCUCGCCGAGAGCUACCAGAAUAUGCAGAAGGCCGAGAAGGGUGAGGACGACGACGAGAUCCCCGACCUCGUUGAGGGCGAGAAUUUCGAGAGCAAGGUUGAGUAA